AUGACACAGCUACCCCGGUUCGAUAUGCCCGGCGGCGAGACAGCUAGAGUAAGCGUCAUUGACUCUACAAUGCGCUUGUCCGGCCUGCCGGUGAGUUCUCUGCUGGAGCCACCAAUGGAAGGAUUCGAUACAUUGCCUCCUAUUACAACAUGGUCGUUCCUGGUUGAGAGUUCGACAGGAAAGAAGGCGCUCUUCGACCUAGGUGCCCCCAAAGACCCAUUCAACAAUUACGCUCCAAGUGUUGUUGAAAUGCUAAUCGAGUCUGGCUGUGGCAUUCAUGUGCAAGCAAACGUCGCGGAUAUACUUGAAGAAAACGGGGUCCAACCUGCUGAAAUCAACAGCAUAAUCUGGAGUCAUCACCAUUUCGACCAUAUUGGAGAUGUCUCAACUUUUCCUGCUUCAACUGAACUCAUCGUUGGUCCGGGAUUCAAAGACGCGUUCUGUCCAGGAUAUCCAGCCAACCUGACCUCUCCGGUACGCGAAGUCGAUUUCCGAGGCCGCAGUCUAAGAGAAAUCAAGUUUGAAAGUGAUUUGGUUCUUGGGCAAUUUAAAGCAUUCGACUUUUUCGGCGAUGGUUCAUUCUACCUCCUCGACACUCCAGGCCAUGCUGUCGGCCACUUAUCAGGACUAGCCAGAACAACAACUAGCCCUGAUACUUUUAUUCUCAUGGGCGGGGACUUGUGUCAUCACGGCGGCGAGCUACGUCCAUCUCAGUACUUUCCGCUCCCGCCAAGUCUAUCUGACCACCUUUCACCAUCUGACUCGCUUCGGUUGCAUUUAUCAAGCUGCCCUGGAAGUAAGGUGUUCAAUGACAUCAAUGUAAAACGCGGGCGUACAGCUAGCGAACCAUUUUUCGACCCGGUCCUUGUGUUCAAUAAAGAACAGGCUAUCGAGACUAUCAAGGAAGCACAACGAGCAGAGGCGCAAGAUAACAUUUUCUGCUUAUUUGCACACGACAUGUCUAUAUUAGGUGUUGUCGACACGUUUCCCGAAACUGCAAAUAACUGGAAAGCCAAAGGAUGGAAGGAGAAGACUUUCUGGAAGUUUCUGAAUGAUUUAGAAGUAGCCGUUACUGCAAAUGUAAAUGACUCGGCUGGACUUUAG